AUGCUUCCAUACAAAGUUGGUGUAGUCAUUUUAAAAAAAUCAGAAUUAAUUAAAAAUUUAAAUUUAAUUGCUGAUGAUAUUAUCACCAAUUUAAAUUUGAAUUUUCAACAAAAAAGAACUAAAACAGCUAUCAAAAAGAAUUAA